AUGGAUGAAGAUUAUGAUGUCAUUGUUUUAGGUACUGGGUUGACCGAAUGUAUCUUGUCUGGUGUUUUAUCUGUGGAAGGUAAGAAGGUAUUGCACAUUGAUAGACAAGAUUUCUAUGGUGGUGAAUCAGCAUCAUUAAACCUUUCCCAAUUAUACAACAAAUUCAAACCAAGUGCACAGAAACCAGAAUUGAAAGGUAGAGAUAGAGACUGGUGUGUUGAUCUUAUUCCUAAGUUCUUAAUGGCAAAUGGAGAAUUGACCAACAUUUUGGUUAGCACGGAUGUCACCCGUUACAUGGAAUUCAAACAAAUUGCUGCCAGUUAUGUUUACAGAAAUGGUAGAAUCGCCAAAGUUCCAUCCAAUGCCAAAGAAGCCUUAGCAUCCACCUUGAUGGGAAUUUUUGAAAAAAGAAGAAUGAAGAGAUUUUUGGAAUUCAUUCAAAACUACGACGAAGAAAACGCCUCCACACACCAAGGAUUUGACUUGGAUAAAAAUACCAUGAAUGAAAUCUACACAUACUUUGGUUUGGAAAGUGGUACUAAAGAUUUCAUUGGUCAUGCCAUGGCAUUGUGGUCCACUGAUGACUAUUUGAAUGAAGUUGCUCGUCCUACUUAUGAAAGAAUUUUGUUGUAUGCUUCAUCUGUUGCCAAGUAUGGUAAGUCCCCAUAUAUUUACCCAUUGUAUGGUUUAGGUGAAUUGCCACAAGGUUUUGCUAGAUUAUCUGCCAUUUAUGGUGGUACGUAUAUGUUGGACACACCAAUUGACGAAGUUUUAUAUGAAGGAGAAGGUGAAAACAAAAAGUUCGCUGGUGUCAUCACCAAAGAAGGUAAAGCAAAAGCUCCAAUUGUUAUUGCAGACCCUACAUAUUUCCCAGAGUGUGUUAAAAAGACUGGUGCCAAAGUCAUCAGAGCCAUUUGUAUUUUGGACCACCCAGUUCCUGGUGUUGAGUUGGAUUCCUUGCAAUUGAUUAUUCCACAAAACCAGGUCGGAAGAAAACAUGAUAUUUAUGUAGCAGUUUUAUCCGACGUUCACUGUGUAGUGCCAAAGGGUUAUUAUAUGGCUAUUGUUUCUACUAUAAUUGAAACUGAUGCACCACACGUUGAAUUGGAACCUGCUUUCAAGUUGUUGGGUCCAAGAAUUGACACUUUGAUGGGUAUUGCUGAAUUAUAUGAACCUAUUAAUGAUGGUACCAAGAAUGGUAUUUACAUUUCCAAGACUUAUGAUGCAUCAUCCCACUUUGAAAGUACUACUGAUGAUGUUAAAGACAUCUACUUUAGAAUUACUGGUAAACCAUUGGAAUUAAAGAAGAGACCAACUGCUGAGGAAGAAGAAGCUCUUCAAGGUUUAUAG